AUGUUAGAUCGAACGAUCAAACAACAAGUUGUCCUGGCGGGAUACAUCUCCCGCAUGUGGAUAAACCUGCAAAAAUUAGGACAAGCCAAAAUCACGGCGUAUGAAGUCUCGAGCCGGCUGGCGCGCCUCGAUGAUUACUGGAAGCGUUAUCAGGACGUGCACUUUGAAAUCGCAGCCGAUCCCGAAGCUGACAAAACGAAUUACGUCAAGGACGACUACUUCACCAAAACGGAAGAGGAGUAUUUUGAUAUGCGUAAGGUGGAGGAGCGCCCUGGGCCGAGCUCUACGGCGGUCGCGCCGGUACUUAAACAGAUGCAGCUUCCGAAGCUGGAGCUGCCGAAAUUCUCCGGCGAUCAACUCGAGUGGGAGGGUUUUCGAAAUUUAUUUCGCUCGCUCGUUCAUGACGUCACGGGCGUUCCUAAGGUGCAGAAGCUUCAGUACUUGAUGGGGUGCCUGACCGGUGAAGCAGCGGAGGUCGUCGCAGGCGUUCCCUUGACAGCGCUUAUGAUGGGGCGUGGCAGGAUUUAG